AUGCUUGUUGUAAAACGGUCAUUGCCAUUUUUAACAAAAGUACAAUGUAUAAUUUUCGCUGUAUUUGUAUUCAUCGUUUUAUUUUUACUUCAAUAUAGAAAUUACACAAAUUCACCUAUAAACACAUUUUCGUUUUCGGUAAACCAAAAUGUUAAAAUUUCAGUAGAAAAUACAAAGACUAAACCAAUCUUUAAUCCAAAUGAUAUCUUCCAUGUAUCAAGUUAUGUAUGUGGUCAAGACGGACCAUCGUAUAACCAUGUUUCCGUUCUUUUUCCCUAUUGUUCUAAAGUACCUACUCCGACCAAUGACUGGAAACCAGGUGAAAAUUAUAAUGAAUCCGACAUUGGCUUUGCCAUAAUUACAGCUUCAAUGUUUUAUCAUACAAGAGCCACAUCGGUUCGAGACACAUAG